CCCAGGCUCUCUAAGGCCCCGGGGGCCCGAGACCCGCUGCUAGCAGCCAAUGGGCGCGGUGGAGCGGCUCGAGCGCGGCUGACGCUGCACCAAUGGGCGUUCGCGGGGGGCGGGGGCAGCGGAGGAGACACUAUUGUUGAUGAGCAGGAGCGGCGGCGGCGGCGGUGGCGGCGGCUGCACCACCUCGUUGCUGCCGGCCGCGGCCCGGGCGCCCCCUGCUCCCCGGAUUCCGGCUUCGUCACCCCGUCGCGGGGACCUUCCCUCCGGCCUCGAGAAUCCAACCCCUGCAACCCAACAACAACAAUCGUCCCCCCCUCCCCCGUCUCGCCCAGUCACCGGGAAGGGGGGGGACCAUGUCCCAGCGGGUGAGGCGCAAUGGGUCCCCCACGCCGGCUGGCUCCCUCGGGGGCGGUGCGGUCGCCACGGCCGGGGGAGCCGGGAGCCGCCUGCAACCCAUGAGGGCGACGGUUCCGUUCCAGCUGAAGCAGCAGCAGCAACAUGGCAGCCCCACGCGGAGCAACGGCGGCGGCGGCGGCAACAACGGCGGCUGCUGUGGUGGCGCCUCAGGCCCCUCAGGCGGCGGCAGCGGCGGCGGCGGGGGCCCGCGCACCGCCUCGCGCAGCACGAGCCCCACGCGCGGCGGCGGGAAUGCGGCCGCGCGCACUAGCCCCACAGUGGCCACGCAGACGGGCGCGUCCGCGACGUCCACGCGAGGCACCAGCCCCACGCGCGGCACCGCGCCCGGGGCUCGCGGGAGCCCCCCACGGCCACCGCCCCCGCCGCCGCUGCUGGGCACCGUGUCGUCGCCUUGCUCGUCGCCCACCCACCUGUGGACUGGCGAGGUGAGCGCGGCCCCACCCCCAGCCCGCGUCCGGCACCGCAGAAGGUCCCCGGAGCAGAGCCGUAGUUCCCCGGAGAGGAGGAGCCCGAGCGCCCCGGUUUGCAAAGCAGGUGACAAAACACGACCGCCAUCCUCAAGUCCCUCUAGUAUUAUCCGCCGGACUUCCUCUCUGGAUACUCUGGCUGCGCCAUACCUUGCAGGGCACUGGCCUCGUGAUAGCCAUGGGCAAGCUGCUCCUUGCAUGAGGGACAAGGCUACACAGACAGAGAGUGCAUGGGCCGAAGAAUACUCUGAAAAGAAGAAAGGGUCUCACAAGCGGUCAGCAUCAUGGGGCAGUACAGAUCAACUUAAAGAGAUUGCAAAAUUACGCCAGCAGUUGCAGAGAAGUAAACACAGCAGUCGACAUCAUCGAGAUAAAGAAAGACAGUCUCCAUUCCAUGGCAACCAUGCAGCUAUUAACCAGUGUCAGGCUCCUGUUCCAAAGAGUGCACUUAUUCCCGUAAUUCCCAUCACCAAAUCAACAGGCUCCCGGUUCCGGAAUAGUGUGGAAGGAUUGAAUCAGGAGAUUGAAAUAAUCAUUAAAGAGACUGGGGAAAAGGAAGAACAACUUAUACCGCAAGAUAUUCCAGACGGGCAUCGGGCACCGCCCCCCCUCGUGCAGAGAAGUAGCAGCACACGCAGCAUCGACACGCAGACCCCCGGUGGGGCAGACAAGGGGAGCAACAACAGCAGCCGUUCUCAGUCCGUGUCCCCCACAUCAUUCCUCACCAUCUCCAACGAAGGUAGCGAAGAGAGCCCUUGUUCGGCGGAUGACCUGCUUGUCGAUCCCAGGGAGAAAGAGAAUGGGAACAACUCUCCUUUGCCCAAAUAUGCAACGUCUCCAAAACCUAACAACAGUUACAUGUUCAAAAGGGAACCUCCCGAGGGCUGUGAAAGGGUCAAAGUCUUUGAGGAAUGCUCGCCAAAACAACUCCAUGAAAUCCCAGCCUUUUACUGUCCCGACAAAAACAAAGUGAAUUUCAUUCCUAAAAGCGGCUCUGCCUUCUGCCUCGUCAGCAUCCUCAAGCCACUCCUUCCCACACCAGAUCUCACCCUCAAGGGCUCUGGUCACAGUCUGACAGUUAGCACAGGCAUGACCACCGCGCUGCUGCAGCCCAUCGCUGUGGCCUCCCUGUCUACAAACACAGAGCAAGACCGAGUCUCUCGAGGAACGAGUACAGUCAUGCCCUCGGCCUCUCUGCUCCCACCACCAGAACCCAUUGAGGAAGCCGAAGGAUAGGUCACAGGGCCAUGUGGCCGGUUUUCCGAGCAACUGAGAACCUCCUCAGAUCAUUUCUCUGUGAUGGCAUCGCGCGCGCCCGGUUGGCUGUGAAGUGUGCUCCAGCUCUCGGCGGGGACGAGUCACAGUGUGGCUUCUGGAAGAAGGCAGCGCCCUCUGAUGGCUUUGCUCACUCGUGAAGGCGGAUCCUCAUUGCUUAGCCUGCUUUUUCUUAAAGCACUGGUUGAAACAAGAAAGGUCUCAUUCUUUACUUUUGGAGGGCCGGUAUCACAUCAUUUUUUUGUUUUCAAAUCAAACUUCUUUAAAAAAACAAACAAACAAACAACUGAUCCCUGCAAACUAAUUCCUGAAGGGAGACAUGAAUGAUGCUGCAAGAACCAUCUUUUAUAUGAAAAUGACUAUUUUAUAAUGCCAGUGUUACAUUUUCUGAAACGUAGCAAACAGGAUGUUCAAAGAUUCGUUAGUGGCCUCUUGUUUCUUGUUUCCCUUUCUAGAUGUGUGCUUUUCUCAGCUGUUUCUAGCUUUGGGACCAAAGGGAUUGUUGACAUUUUCCCAGCAAUCUUAAUCUCAUGACUAUGUUUUUCUCCCAAACAAGAAUUGAUAGGUAAAUGCAUUGAGCAAAUAUAUAACAAGAGAUAAAAAGCAAUAUUAAAUAUGAGUACUUUAUGUGAUUUAUGUUUUUUGAUGUCAGAAGUUUGUGCUUUGGGUGAAAUACUUGUAAAACUACUGUUUUCUUCACUACACCUGUAUACAUUUCACUGUGUGGUCAGAAAAGUUAUAGUCUGGAGACAAGUGCUUUAACAUGUUCUCACCCAUCAUUGGAACUUGGUUGAAAAGUCAGUGAGCCAAAAGGAAACUACCCAGUGUUGAUGACUAGCUAGGAGUAAGGAGCCCCUUUGGAUUUCUACAAAAUGCUUAUCACACAAUCUCUCUUUAUCAUCACUGUAUCAUAGUUCCAAGAGGUCCUAAAAUGACUGUGCAUGGAUUUCCUCCUUUGCUUUUGUGAUGUUGUUGUCUCGUGGAGUUGGUCAGGGUCAGUAGUUUGCCAGGAGUGUAAUCCAUUGAAUAGCAAUCCGUAGUCACAGAAUCUUGCGACUGACAUUUUCUUGACGGUGGCGGACACUGAGAUAAUGUUGCUUACAGAUUUUGCUAGUUUUCCCUCCAGCAUUCCACAUAGUGGGGAAGACAGGCCAGGAGAGCUUCGGAGCAUAUAAACAAAAGAGAUCUUUGAAAAAUCCAUACAGUUUUGGAUUUAGGCUCACCUUAAUAUAAUCACUGCCAGUAUCACGUGCCAACGGUAUCAUGUUUCGUGUACGUGGUAGUGAAAGUAAGGAGCAGCUCUUUUUAAAAAUGAGUUUCGGCAAACAGUAUUGAUAAAAAGCAUCCUUCUAAGAUCUUCAUAUACUACCUAUGAUGCAAUAAUUUAAUGUUCCUCUACAUACUAUAGGGAGAAAAAAAUUUAAAUACUUGUAAAAGGGAACAGUUUAGAAAGUUUAAUAUGUCAGUUUGUUUGGACAUAAACCAUCAGAGGAAACCUCGUGGUAGCAAUAAAUCUUCUGAAAGGACUUCUUAUACUCAUGCACCUUUAAAACAUCUAAGUAAUUAAAAUUAUGCCCUAUGAAGUUUAAAAUGGAGAUGUAUUUAGGCAAAUUAGAUAAAUUCAAACAUUUGUAUAAGUCUGUCAGGUUUCAGUUGGUAGCACUCCUGAAUUUCGGUACCUUCUCCAUCCAAAACUACUUUACUUGGAAUUAGUACGCUGUGGCUUCUCAAUCAGUAAAACUCAGUUCUUCAGGAUCUAAAUUUUCUGGUUUGUUGGUUUCUUGAGAACCUUGAUUCUUUGCCUUAUUUGUUACGUGUCUUGACUUUACCUUUUCGCCCCUGAGAACUGCUCUAUCCAGAAGUACAGAAGAAAAGGUAAUGAAACUCACCAGGUGAGUUGAUCUGAAUGGUAGGAGGAGGAGGUUAAAAACAAGUUUUUAAAACCCUCAGUUUUGGGAUUACUUGAAUUUAUUAAAUCUGUUCUUUACCUUACACUUAU